AUACAAAACCUCAAUAUCUUCUUCCCUUGGACAAUUUUCUUUCUCUUACAACCCAUUUAUCCUCACUCUCACCCUCAACACUUUGAUCUCCACCAUUUCAAUUCUUCCCCCUCCAAAAAAAAAACUCUGAAAAUGUCAGAAGAACUGAACUCAAUUGAAACACAAGCACAAAAUUUGAUAUCAAAACACCCCAAAAAUGGUGGUGAAAUCUUCUUCUUAACUUUUCGACAGUUGAAUUGUUUAGCAGUUAUGGUAAUCUUAGGUGCUAGUGGCAUGGUUAGUCUUGAAGACUUUGGUAUUUUUGUUUUCUCGGCUAUUUACAUGUGCUUUCUCUCCAAAUUUGCCUUCCCUCUAAAUGAAGCUCAACAAAAACCCGUUUUCGACCCGGAUAGCAAGAUUCUUGGCUUUUAUCUCCUAUUUACCGCGGUUAUCGGGUUGUUUUUACCCAUCUUUUACAUAUUUUAUGGCAUCAUAGGAGGUGACAAAGAUGAGAUAAAAGCAGCUGUUCCUCAUGUUUUUCUCCUAACGAGUCAGGUUAAUCCCCCUUAACGAGUGGGUUAUGGAGGAGAUGGUGAAGGUUGGGCAAGAUAAGUAUGCCAUGUUAUAUUUUGGUAGAGCUAUUGCUGUUGCUAAUUUGGUUUUGUGGUAUUAUAAUUUGUUUGGGUU